GGAGCCCAGUCCAGCGCCCGCCGCCCGCCACCCCGGACCCCGGUGUCUGGCUUCCCCCGAGCCGGGACCCCGCGAUGGCCAAGCGCAGCUCGCUGUACAUCCGCAUAGUGGAGGGGAAGAACCUGCCCGCCAAGGACAUCACCGGCAGCAGCGACCCCUACUGCAUCGUGAAGGUGGACAAUGAGCCCAUCAUCAGGACAGCCACCGUGUGGAAGACCCUGUGCCCCUUCUGGGGUGAAGAGUACCAAGUGCACCUGCCGCCCACCUUCCACGCUGUGGCUUUCUACGUCAUGGAUGAGGAUGCCCUCAGCCGGGACGACGUUAUCGGAAAGGUCUGCCUUACAAGGGACACCCUGGCCUCUCACCCUAAGGGUUUCAGUGGGUGGACCCACCUGACGGAGGUCGACCCCGAUGAGGAGGUGCAGGGCGAGAUCCACCUGCGGCUGGAAGUGCGGCCAGGGGCCCGGGCCUGCCGACUACGCUGCUCUGUGCUGGAGGCCAGGGAUCUGGCCUCAAAGGACCGCAAUGGCGCAUCUGAUCCCUUCGUCCGCGUGCGCUACAAGGGCCGGACACAGGAGACCUCGAUCGUGAAGAAGUCGUGCUAUCCACGCUGGAAUGAGACGUUUGAGUUUGAGCUGGAGGAGGGGGCCACGGAGGUGCUGUGCGUGGAGACCUGGGACUGGGACCUUGUCAGCCGAAACGACUUCCUAGGCAAAGUGGUGAUCGACAUCCAGAGACUACAGGUGGCCCAGCCGGAGGAGGGCUGGUUCCGGCUGCAGCCUGACCAGACCAAGAGCCGGCGGCAUGAUGAGGGCAACCUGGGCUCCUUGCAGCUGGAGGUGCGGCUGCGGGACGAGAUGGUGCUGCCUUCCAGCUGCUACCAGCCGCUGGUGCAGCUGCUGUGCCACGAGGUGAAGCUGGGCAUGCAGGGCCCAGGGCAGCUGAUCUCACUCAUCGAGGAGACAACCAGCACCGAGUGUCGCCAGGACGUGGCCACGAACCUGCUCAAGCUCUUCCUGGGGCAGGGGCUGGCCAAGGACUUCCUGGACCUGCUCUUCCAGCUGGAGCUGAGUCGCACCAGUGAAACCAACACCCUGUUCCGGAGCAACUCUCUGGCCUCAAAGUCCAUGGAGUCUUUUCUGAAGGUGGCCGGGAUGCAGUACCUGCACGGCGUCCUGGGCCCCAUCAUCAACAAGGUGUUUGAGGAGAAGAAGUAUGUGGAGCUGGACCCCAGCAAAGUGGAAGUUAAGGAUGUAGGGUGUUCGGGGCUGCACCGCCCUCAGACAGAGGCCGAGGUGUUAGAGCAGAGCGCGCAGACGCUGCGCGCCCACCUGGGGGCGCUGCUGAGCGCGCUCAGCCGCUCGGUUCGCGCGUGCCCCGCCGUGGUGCGCGCCACUUUCCGCCAGCUCUUUCGGCGCGUGCGCGAGCGCUUUCCCGGCGUCCAGCACGAGAAUGUACCGUUCAUCGCCGUCACCAGCUUCCUGUGCCUGCGCUUCUUCUCUCCCGCCAUCAUGUCUCCCAAGCUCUUCCACCUGCGGGAGCGCCACGCGGACGCCCGCACCAGCCGCACCCUGCUCCUGCUGGCCAAGGCAGUCCAGAACGUGGGCAACAUGGACACACCGGCUUCCAGGGCCAAGGAGGCUUGGAUGGAGCCGCUGCAGCCCACCGUGCGCCAGGGCGUGGUGCAGCUGAAGGACUUCAUCACCAAGCUCGUGGACAUCGAGGAGAAGGAUGAGCUGGACCUGCAGCGGACGCUGAGUUUGCAGGCACCACCUGUGAAGGAGGGGCCGCUCUUCAUCCACAGGACCAAGGGCAAGGGCCCCCUCAUGUCCUCCUCCUUCAAGAAGCUCUACUUCUUCCUCACCACCGAGGCCCUCAGCUUUGCCAAGACGCCCAGCUCCAAGAAAAGCGCCCUCAUCAAGCUAGCCAACAUCCGGGCAGCGGAAAAGGUGGAGGAAAAGAGCUUUGGCAGCUCACACGUCAUGCAGGUCAUCUACACGGAUGAUGUCGGCAGGCCCCAGACUGCCUACCUGCAGUGCAAGUGUGUGAACGAGCUGAACCAGUGGCUGUCUGCGCUGCGGAAGGUGAGCAUCAACAACACCGGCCUGCUGGGCUCCUACCACCCUGGCAUCUUCCGUGGGGACAAGUGGAGCUGCUGCCACCAAAAAGAGAAGACAGGUCAGGGCUGCGAUAAGACCCGGUCACGGGUGACCCUGCAGGAGUGGAAUGACCCUCUUGACCAUGACCUUGAGGCCCAGCUCAUCUACCGGCACCUGCUGGGCGUGGAGGCCAUGCUGUGGGAGAGGCACCGGGAGCUGAGCAGGGGCGCAGAGGCAGGCACAGUGCCCGCGAGCCCUGGCGAAGCUCCCAAGGACUCCCUGGCCCAGCUGCUCCGCGUGCUGCGGGACCUCCGGGAGGCCCAUAGCUCCAGCCCGGCCGGCUCCCCGCCCUCAGAGCCCAACUGCCUCCUGGAGCUGCAGACGUGAGGCCCGCCCUGCGCUCCCGUUGCUGAGUCCCCUGCCAAGCGCUCGGACCCCCCACCGGACUCUCUGCACCCCCCACCCCAGUCCUCCUCAUUAGGGUGCAGGGCCUGGGUCUCUUCCAGGUUGGGGAGAGGGGGAGUCAGGGAUAAGGGGAUCCCCAGAAGUGCAGAGUUGAGUAGGCCUGGGCCUGUCAUGGCUGGCCUGAAGUGUCCCUGGCUCCUUACAGCCGCUGCAGCCAUCACUGCCUCUCCAGGGAUCCUCCUCUCCCGCCUAGGACAGACCCAGCCAGAACCACCGCUAGGACGGGCCACACCCAGGGGUCUGGCCUCCAGGGACCUAGAGAAUGGGAGGGAGAACGGGGCCCCAGGAGACCCGGCCGCCACCCCACCCGCUACCCUUGGGUGGCACAGGGCUGUGCUGUUGCCAACAGUAAACCUGCUGUUACUGUCCAGGC